AUGGAAAAAUUUGCGGAUAAUAUUCCUGAAGAGGACCUGUCAGCCCUGGUGGAACUGGUUGAGGAGGGUGAAAUCACGUCGGAGGAGUUGGUGCAGCAACUGCAGCGCGCAGACUUGGGUGACCUCUCAGCGGAAGACGUCUACGAGCGCGUUUCGCGCUGGUUGGAGCGCCAGGAUCUCGCCGAAAACGUGCACGAAUCUGUGGGUAGCGAUGAGCCGGUUGAAGCACAGCCAGCUCCACAGAUCGAGACUGACGUCAGGUCGGGUGAGGCACCGCGUGCCGUGACAUCGAGUGCAACUAGUGACGCGCUGCUCGUGAGCCUUCUCCAAAAGGUACGCCAGCGACAACGCUUCUACGCUUCGCAGGCGGAACGGGUUGGUGCGGAGCUCAAACGCCUGCGCCGCCUUCUCCUCGACGAGCUGCGGCCGGGUUUGGAGGCGAUUCACUCGGAAGCUCUAGAUCGCCUUACAGAGUUGGCUGGUGAUAUCGGGGAACUUCGCUCGAUACGCGAUGAACUGCUCCAGCGUCGGGAAGAACGUUUACGAGAGCAGCUUGCAAGCGCUUCUGCAAUGGCGAAUACGCUCGAGAAUGAACUGACCGAAGCGCUUAAGGAGGACGACGGCGAACGUGCUGCAAAUUGCAUGCUGCGUAUCGAGGCGCUGUCGCAGGAAAUCGAGGAGACACUAGGGCUGUCGCCUGGACAGAUUGCAAAGGCCCGGCGGAUGGCUCUCGAGCGCUACCGCACCUGGGUCUAUAAGAGAUGUGGAGCGUACCUCAAUCGUCUGGGUCCGUGGCCGUCUAAUCCGGACGCUGCUUUUUUGCGCAGACUGGAGGCGAGUGAGAUCGCUGCUCGAAUUCGAGCUUUAGCACAGCAGUCUGUGCGCGUGUUCCGGGGUCCAGAUGCUGCCGGUUUCUACGGAGGCACGCUUAACGAAGAGGAUGACCGCCGGAGUGCAACUAGUGAGUACAGUGGUUCCACCGCACAUCGAGCUUCUGGACGCGAUCGUCGCUACUUCGAGCACUGCUUCCUGCAGACCCAGGUAGCUGCGUUUGAAAAGGCGUUUCGCGAGGCCAUUCGCGCACCACCCGUACAAGCGAGCUCGGAGUCCAAGUUGUCUGUUGAGCAAGGAGCCCAGAAAGUUUCAAGCCAAGUCAGCGAGACAACGCCCAGCAGAGCAGUAAUCGAUUUCGCUGUUCACUAUUUGAAAGAGUUUGCUGAGCGUUAUCGACCGCUUUUGCGAGUCGUGUUUGAUGGCAUGGACGAAGACGUAGAUUUAUUGGUCGAGUCCAUGGUUCAUGAGUUCAUGGCGACCAUCGCUGAAGUUGUAUUUGCAGAGUUGGAGAACCGUUACAGUUUCGGUGAGGCCGAAGAGGAUAACGCGCGCCCAGCUUCAGGAAUCUCGCACCUCUACGCGCAUACAUUGCAGCUGGUUGACGCGUUGGUAACGUUUGAUCGAGAUAUGGCGUUGAUAAUUGUCUCGGAGAAUCACUCCUUAAUGCAUUCCUGGAUGGAGGCGGAAUUCCAAAGCGCGCUAAACAGGUUCGAAACCGCGCUGCGAACUCCUGGCGCUCUCGGUAUCGUGAUCCCCGGAACUGCAGCCUCCAGCGACCAACUUGACCUGCUCACCAAGGGUCGAGCCAUUCUGGAUUCAUUUGCAGGUCAUCAAAACCGCGCAACGACCGCUGCAGCGCUGCAGCUGGAUGCCCUUCAACAGGCAUCUCUAAUCGGAGAAACGCUGCAUUCCUUGGCGACCAGAUGUCGAGCAUUACCGCCACAUCCUCACCGUGCCCGUUACCGUUUUGCACAGUCUGUGAUCGCUCCUCUUAUCGGGUGGAUCAUGGCACAAAUUCAUUACCUGAUGACCGAGACUGAAGCGCAAUGUGCGACAAGUCUUCAAGCAUCCAUGCAUGCAAGCGGGGCGCCCUCGGCGGAACGCUUCAAAGACUGUUACCUUUUGAGUGCGGAUGCCUUGUAUCGGACGCUUUCCUAUGCGGCGGCUGCCUACUUGCUUGCCGAGGAUAUUCGCCAACGAGUCGAAAUAUACCUCUACGAAUUGGAGUUCAGCAACGCACCCGAUCAAGGACCCGACAGCGAGCUCGAGUCCGAGAAUGAGCAGAGCGCGCGCAGUGACGUGGUUGGCGCAGGCAAUCCCUACGACGCCAUCACCGCUGAGGUGACUGCUUUGCGCAAACUCUCAAGCAAAGCACUCGCUUCGUAUGCUGACACGGUCACUGAUAUGCUAGCACCGUGCUUCCUUGAAGCUGACGCCGAUGCGUCUCUAGCGACGCCGGCGCUGGUUGCGGCAGCGAUGAGUACCAUCCAGGAUCUUGUUGCUUUGAGCGAGCUUCUCCUGCGUGGACACAGAACGCUGCUUCUCUGGCUAUGGGCACCGUUCUUCCUUCAGCUCGAUGCGAAAUUGGCGAUGUUCAUUGCCCAGUGGCGACAGCAGCUGCAGGAGGCGAACGAAGCAUCGCAGCCAUUGCACAGCGCACGCGCGCACCACGAGUCAGAGGCACGUUCCAUGCAGCAGAGUUUUGGCGCCUCCAAGCAUACAGCACUUCCUAUCCAAGCGGGUACUGUGCAGCAGCUUGCUGAUUUUGCUGCUGCACAUUUCCAGCUACGCCACACGCCACUGCAUCAGACCCGCUUGGCACUUGAGCAUAUGCUCCAGUUCAGCGCUUCGGAGUGA